AAGAAAUUUGAAUUCUUAAACGAGGCAACGGCAGUUGUGUUGAGGGAAGUGUUUGGUGUCGACAAGACCGGCAAAAGCAAUUUAAUUGGAUUUUCGGGGGGAUUUUCAAGCAACGAAAUGGCUGAGGAGUCGGCUGUUAAAGUAUGUGUUAGAGUGCGUCCAAUUAUUCAAAGAGAAGAAAGUGUUCCAUCAGAAACGGCGAAGCCUGUACAGGUCUUUUGGAAAAGUGAUAAGAAAUUAAUUCAUCAGAUUGAUGACGGGAGCGCAACAAAGAGUUUCAGUUUUGACAGAGUGUUCACUGCUGAAGAAACAACCAUUCAAGUUUACCAGGAUAUCGCAAAGCCAUUGGUUGUUUCAACUGUGGAAGGAUACAAUGGUACCAUCUUUGCUUAUGGUCAGACAUCCUCUGGAAAGACGUUCACAAUGAUGGGGAGUGAUCAUGUUCCUGGUGUCAUCCCACUGGCUGUUGAUGACGUCUUUGAAACCAUUAAAAAGUGUCCAAAGAAGGAGUUUCUUCUCAGAGUGUCUUACAUGGAAAUAUACAAUGAAACUGUGACUGAUCUGCUUGUAGACAGUUGGAAAAGAAAACCUCUGGAAGUCAGAGAGACUACAAAUAAAACCAUCCAUGUAGUUGACCUGACUGAGGAACUCGUGACCUCUCCUGCUCAAGUACUGGCCUGGAUUCGCAAAGGAGAAAAAAACCGGCACUAUGGAAAGACUAAAAUGAAUGAGCGCAGCAGCCGUUCACACACCGUUUUUCGAAUGAUCCUAGAGAGUCGUGAAAGAAGUGACCUGGCAUCAGGGGAAAAUGCAGAUGGAGCCAUCAUUGUUUCCCAUUUGAAUUUAGUUGACCUGGCUGGAUCAGAGAGGGCAAGCCAAACUGGGGCUGAAGGUACACGCUUGAAAGAAGGUUGCAAUAUCAACCGCAGCCUUUUCACACUUGGCCAAGUGAUAAAGAAGCUUAGUGAAGAUAGCCAAAGUUUCAUUAACUACAGAGAUAGUAAGUUGACACGGAUUCUUCAGAACUCCCUUGGUGGAAAUGCCAAAACAGUUAUCCUCUGCACAAUCACGACUGCAUCACUCGAUGAGACACUCCGCACUCUGCAGUUUGCUAGCACUGCAAAGAAAAUGAAAAAUGAUCCACAUGUCACAGAAGUUUCUGAUGACGGUGCACUGCUCAAAAGAUAUCGUAAUGAAAUUGUCGACCUCAAGAGACGACUUCAGGAGGUUUCCUCAGAAACGCAGACCACGGCAACAGAGAGAGAGGUGCUCUCUCAGCUUCUCCAAGAAAAACAUCAACUUCAAGUAGAACAAGAGGACCGAAUAAGAAACCUCACCAAACUACUGGUCACUAGCACCAACCUGACUCAUGUACAAAAGGUGCCCAAGCGCAGGGUUACGUGGGGAGGGAAAAUGCUAUGCUUGGCCCACACGUCUCCCAGUCAAGAUGGUCUGUCAGGCCGUAGCUUUGUUGAGAUUGUCGAUCAGAGGAGGAAAGCUGAUAGCACCAGUGUGAUGGAGAUGUUGGUUGAAGAUGACGAAGCCUUUGAUGGUCACUGGGACAUUCCUGAUGAGUCAUCAGAUGACACAAGUGGAAGUCAAGAUUUUAUUACUUUCCGUAGCCUGGGUAACAGGUCAGUUGAAAGAGUGGCAGAACUGGAACUAGAACUUCAAACAGUUGGCCAGCAAAAGCAGCAAGCCUUGGAUCAAAUUGCGGCAAUGGAGGAGAAGGCAACAGAAGUUGACUUGCAGCUCAAAAGUGAAGCUCAGCAAAAAGCUGAGGCCAUCGAGAAAGUAGAGUUGCUGGAGCUGUGCGUGACCGAACUGAAAAAACAACUUGAACAGAGUGACAAGCAGCUGCAAUCUGAUGAACAGCUCGCAAUCGAUUUUGCAGAGAUUGUCCAGCGUUGUGAGAUUCUAGCCACAGAGAAGGAUAUGCUGGCAUCUGAGCAAGACCAUCUCAAGCAGGAACUUGACUUUGCCAUUAGGCAGACACAAAAACUGGAGAAGGAAAAAACUUCCCUUUCACAGGAACUGAAAGAAAAGGAUGAACUGCAGGAAUUCAUCGCUCUUGAAGAAAAGAUAAGAGAUGAACAUGAGAGCGAGUUGGAAAACCAAAUUUGCUCAUUGAAGGAAGCUAUGAAAUCCCGUGAUCUCCAAUACAUGGAACUUAAGAAAAAUUUGGAGACAGUUUCUGAAGAACUGACGAAGAAAACCCAAAUUGCUGAUGAUCUUCAGAAUAUGUGUGGUAAGGAUGUGUCUGAAGAAGUGGCGAAGCUUCGUCUUUCUUUAGCUGACGCGGAGGUGCUUGGCAUAGAGACAAAGAAAGAAUGGGCAGUUCUGCGCACUGAAAACAUUGCUCUGGAAGAGUUGAAGAUGACCCUGACUGUCAGCCAUGAAAAGAUGGAAGCCGAAGUCAACAGCCUGCGUUUUCAACUUGAGGCUGAAAAGUCUAAUUUCAAGAAAAUGCAGGCAGAUCUUCAGAAAGAGCUUAGCGUUGUGUUUAACGAGAACCUCAAGCUAACUAAUCUGCUCGAUGGCAAGGUCCCGCGAAAUAUCAUGGAUAGUGUGGAACUCGAGAAAACGGUGUCAAACUUGCAAAAGGAGCUUGCAGCAUCUCAAGAAGCUGAGGGAGACCUGAGAGCUCAGCUGCAGGAACUGACGUCACUUCAGGCUCCCGCAUUUGAAGUGAACAACCCGGAAAAGCAGAUUUCUGCUGAAGACACGAUAAAGGAAGAAUUGGUGGUCACAGCGCUGACAGAGGAGAGAGACCAGCUCCGGAUGGAUCUAAAAGAAAAUAUAGAUAUGAUGAUUGAGAAUCAAGAGGAGCUCAGAACUGCACAUGGGAAAAUAGCUGAUCUGAAACAACGGCUCAAACAGCUAGAAGAUUCCCAAACAUCCAACUUAGGAAAGCCUUUUGAUGACAUGUGGACAGAGCUUGAGACACUUCAAACACAAAAAGAGCAACUUCAGGCUGCACUACAAGAGGUCAGUGAGCAGAAGAACCAACUCGAGGGAGAGCUGCAGCAACUUAUUGAUGGGGCUGCAGAGAACGAAAGCCUUCUACAUUCCCUCCAAUCUCAGCUUCAAGAUCAAGUUCAGAGAAAUAAUGACACUGAAAGGAUGGCUCGAGAGAAACAAACUCAGCUGGAACAUCAAGUUGAAGAGUCUCAACAUCUUCUACACUCUAUUCAAGAUGAGUUUGAAGAUUUGAAGCAAAAGAAUUGUACUCUUGUAAAAGUAACUGAGGAGAACGAGUCUGAUUUAAAGCAAAGUAUAAAGAUUUUGAGUGAAGAGCUUGAAACACUGAAAGCAGAAAGGGACGACCUAUGUUUCAACAAGGAAGCUGGACAUCAGAAUUUGAUGGAAGAGACUCAGAGGUUGCUUUGCAGAGUAACGUCGCUCACUGAAGAGAGGGAUCAGCUCCUUGAUACGGUGGAGGAACUGAGACGGGGCAAGAUCCAGCUCAAAACAGAACGGGAGGAAAAUGUCGAAAUGAUGACCCUGACUCUCAGCCAUGAAAAGAUGGAAGCCGAAGUCAACAGCCUGCGUUUUCAACUUGAGGCUGAAAAGUCUAAUUUCAAGAAAAUGCAGGCAGAUCUUCAGAAAGAGCUUAGCGUUGUGUUUAUUGAGAACCUCAAGCUAACCACUCUGCUCGAUGGCAAUGUCCCCAGAAAUAUCAUGGAUAGUGUGGAACUCGAGAAAACGGUGUCAAACUUGCAAAAGGAGCUUGCAGCAUCUCAAGAAGCUGAGGGAGACCUGAGAGCUCAGCUGCAGGAACUGACGUCACUUCAAGCUCCCAUAUUUGGAGUGAACCACUCGGAAAAGCAGAUUUCUGCUGAAGACACGAUGAAGGAAGAUUUGGUGGUCACAGCGCUGACAGAGGAGAGAGACCAGCUCCGGAUGGAUCUAAAAGAAAAUAUAGAUAUGAUGAUUGAGAAUCAAGAGGAGCUCAGAACUGCACAUGGGAAAAUAGCUGAUCUGAAACAACGGCUCAAACAGUUAGAAGAUUCCCAAAUAUUCAACUUUGCAAAGCCUUUUGAUGACAUGACGACAGACCUUGAGACACUUCAAACACAAAAAGAGCAACUUCAGGCUGCACUACAAGAGGUCAGUGAGCAGAAGAACCAACUCGAGGGAGAGCUGCAGCAACUUAUUGAUGGGGCUGCAGAGAACGAAAGCCUUCUACAUUCCCUCCAAUCUCAGCUUCAAGAUCAAGUUCAGAGAAAUAAUGACAUUGAAAGGAUGGCUCGAGAGAAACAAACUCAGCUGGAACAUCAAGUUGAAGAGUCUCAACAUCUUCUACACUCUAUUCAAGCUGAGUUUGAAGAUUUGAAGCAAAAGAAUUGUACUCUUGUAAAAGUAACUGAGGAGAAGGAGUCUGAUUUAAAGCAAAGUAUAAAGAUUUUGAGUGAAGAGCUUGAAACACUGAAAGCAGAAAGGGACGACCUAUGUUUCAACAAGGAAGCUGGACAUCAGACUUUGAUGGAAGAGACUCAGAGGUUGCUUUGCAGAGUGACGUCGCUCACUGAAGAGAGGGAUCAGCUCCUUGAUACGGUGGAGGAACUGAGACGGGGCAAUAUCCAGCUCAAAACAGAACGGGAGGAAAAUGUCGAAAUGUCAUUCCAACUCAUCCAAAUUCCCACAUCUUCACAGAUUCAGAGGCUGUCUGAGGAGCUUGAGUGUGCGGUCACAGAGCGAAGCAAUAUCCAGUCUGAGAUGGAGAAGCUGGUAUGUCAAGUGACAUCUCUCCGCGAAGAGCGAGAUCAGCUGCACGGCCAACUUCAGGCAGUGGGACAGGAGACGAACCAGUUCAGAGCACAACUGGAGGCCUCCACAAUGCAACAGAGUAUGAUUGAACAGAAUCAUUUGAGUUUGCUACAGCAGGCCGAGGUGACAAAAAUGGAGACCAACCUUCGACAGGAGGCACAGCAGCUGGAAGAGCAGCUAAACACAUUAAAGAAAAAUGAAACGGUGGUACAAGCGGAGGCAAUCGCAUCACAGCAGUUGCUCGUUGAAGCAAAAGCAACCAUCUCUUUGCUCAAUGAGAAGCUUAGCGACUGUGAGCGGGACUUGACAAGGUCCAAGGUGACAGCAUCAUCAAGGCUGCACAACUCAACGUUGCAACUUCAGGAGUUAUUUGAAAGAUUCCAGCAAUUUAUUGAUGAAUCCAGUAAGCCUCACCCCGCAUUCAAAGGUGACGCCCUGUGGGUGGAGAAUUUCCUGAGUGACGAGGACUACGACGCCUUUCCUCAAGCCACAGUGAAAGUCCACAACAUUGUCUCUGGGCUGGGGAUCAAGCAUUUGAGGACUCUCCGGAAUAUUAUUGAUGUCCUUUUGGGAAAGGCGAGAGGAUGCAAGAGAGCUUUUCAGGAGUUGGUCAAAAUUGAUGUCUGUAUUUUUGAAGAGUGGCGCUCGCAGGAUGUGUUGCGAUGCAAAGCUGACUCUCUUAGAGACUUGGACUGUUGCUCAGACCAGGAACACAGACUAGAUGAACUGGUUUCAAAAAGACAGUUCUAUGUGCAGAAAAUGGGCGACAUUUUGGAGAAACUUUGGUCUGGCUUGGAUUAUUACCGCAAUGAAGUUUCCGCUGAGGUCAGAGAAAGGACCAGGUUCUUAAGGCUGAUGCAGGAUGAGCACGCCAGGCCGCCAAUAGUUGUCAGUCGGAUGCACAGCCUCUUUAGCGCUGAGGCUGACAGCAGGUCUGCAGUGUUGCAAAGCAGACAAAUCUAUUUGCAGGGCCUCGUUGAUGACCGCACUGUUCAGUGUGAGGAAUUGCAGCAGGUGAUGGCGCAUGCUCAAUUCCAGUUAGAAGAAGAACAAAGCAAGUAUGUCACUUUGCAACGGAAGCUGGAGGAAAUUCCAGCGAGGCCAGAGCUGACGUUGCUGAUUAACAACAAAGAACUUAUUCUCCUCCAUCAAGCUGAGGAGAGAAUCAAAGCUUUGGCUCUCAAAAAUAAGCACCUCGAAGAGGCCCAGCAAAAAAAUCACAGCUGCAUUUCUGGCUACAAGAUGGACAUUCAGCGACUCCAGACAGAACUUGUGGCAAGUGGGGUCCAAGUUCAAGAUUUGAAGAAUGCCAUCAAAACCAUGAAGAGCCAACUGCAAGAGUCUGAGAAAUGUGUGCCGCCUUCAAUUGCUGAGCUGCAGAAAGCCCAAGCUCAAUUGUUCAUGAAGGAAAUGGAGUUAAGCGUUGCUUCCGAUAAACAUCAGCAAGAGAUCGAGAGGAUGACCACUGUUCUGCAUAUGAAAGAAGAGUUGGUGAGGAAACUGAAGGAAUCUCUCAGGACAUUGCAGCAGCAAGGGGAGGAGUCAUUCUUGCAGGGUCAAGAGCUUUAUGACCGCUUUCUGAACCCCCGGGGUUUGGUGAACAAGAGCAGCGGUGUUCUGCAAAAUAGUAAACUGGUGGAGGAAGUCAAACAGCUUCAGAUUAAAAUCGUGCAUCUUGAAAACGUGAUUUCCAGCCAGCAGGCUGACCUUACAAAAUGGAAGAACAGAGCGCUCAAGCUGAAGUCAAAGGCCAAAGUGGAUGUCAAACCUUCACCGCCAUGUACUCCCACCAAACAGGGACUUACCGUGUGCUCCGACUUCUUGCCUCAGUCACCAAAGAAGUUUGUAGUUACUUCCCAGAAGGUCCUCGACUCCCCAAUCCAGCUGUUGGAGUCACCAAAAGUGCCACUGCUCGACUCUCCAAAAAGCAAAUUUUUUGACAAAGGCGCAAACGCUAAUCUGCUUCCCGGAACAAUUCCCAAACUGUUCUUCGAUAACUCCAGCCUUGGAAUCAGUGCAGAUGCCAACCCGGAUGGGUGUGCCUCUCAGCCGCCGGAAGCCCUUGAAUCCUGUAUUACACAGUGAAUAAAAACAACAUUGCUGUUCUUCCCUUUUUAAUUAUUCCAGUGAGAAUUCAAUAAAUUCACAAAACUUUUA